UGGUUGUCUUUUCUGCGCUCGUUGGUUGACGCAUGCGCAAAACAGAAACACUGCCUCCGCGGCGAGAAAACGGCGACAAGACACCGUACAAAUGGAGGAGUUUAAUAAUGGCGACGAGGUGGCCUUUAAUGCUGAUGAAGUCACUAAUAACAUUAAAGAGUGCAUCGAGGGAGUCAUUGGCGGGAUGGACUACAGUCAAAGUAAAGUGAACCAGUGGAGUGCCAGCAUUGUGGAGCACUCUCUAACGCACCUGGUCAAACAAGGACGCCCAUUCAAGUACAUAGUUAACUGCACCGUCAUGCAGAAGAGCGGCGCUGGUCUGCACACUGCAAAUUCGUGCUACUGGGACAAUACCACGGAUGGAAGCUGCACAGUCCGAUGGGAGAACCGCACCAUGUAUUGCGUGGUCAGCGUCUUUGCCGUCGCUAUAUAAUGGCAGAAAAACCUCGUCGGGACCGUGACGAUCCUCUUUGCUAGCUAACUUCCAGUAUUUAUCCUAACAAUCCAACACCCUGGGACUGAUGAAAUGAAUAAUUGUAUCAUUUUCAGGAUGCCAUGAUGAGUCAAGCGUGUCGUCAUACAAUAUGUGAUCAUUCCGACGUCUUGAGGACAUUAUGCAAUGCAAAUUGAACUUUUGCUUUGUAGUAAGGCCUCAGCUGUUUCCAGGUAUUGUGACGUCCCCCUUGUUCCAUUCCGAAAUGUCUUGUCCUUGCAGUACUUACAUGCACAAACGAAUGAUUUAUUUAUUACUUGUUGUUUGGCCGAAAUGUGUUCAAGAAUAUUUACUCAGAUGUCUUGUUUUGUUCCAGGAUUUAAUAGAUAUUUAAAAAA